UGAAACCCAGUCGCCAACAGGCUGCAGUCCCAGAAGGGAGCUGCAGUCUGAAGAGGAGACUGCGUCCCCACUGGCCAGCCAAGAGAGGCCCUGGGGUCGCGCUGGGCGCCCGACGGGCCCUCCCCAGGGACCCGCCUGCCCCACACCGCCCCGCCCCGCCGGGCGCUCCGCAUCAGGUGCCCCGGCCCCAGCCCUGCCUGCGGGCUCCAGGCUCCUGGGGCUUCCAGAGGAUGCUCGGGCCACCUGCGGGGACCUCGGGGCAGCAGUGAGGUCCUCUCCUCCUGUGCCAGGGGCUCCCCCAGGGGGCCGAGCAUGGUGGUUUUCCCUUGGAACCUCCUGGCUUGGGACGUCUGAGAAGAUGCCUGCCAUGAGGCUGUUCACUUGCUUCCUGCAGCUCCUGGCUGGGCUGGCACUGCCCGCUGUGCCCCCCCAGUGGGCCUUGUCUGCUGGGAAUGGCUCGUCAGAGGUGGAAGUGGUGCCCUUCCAGGAGGUGUGGGGCCGCAGCUACUGCCGGGCACUGGAGAGGUUGGUGGACAUCGUAUCGGAGUACCCCGGCGAGGUGGAGCACAUGUUCAGCCCGUCCUGCGUCUCCCUGCUGCGCUGCGCCGGCUGCUGUGGGGACGAGAACCUGCACUGUGUGCCCGCAGAGACCGUCAACGUCACCAUGCAGCUCCUGAAGAUCCACUCUGAGGACCGGCCCUCCUAUGUGGAGCUGACGUUCUCUCAGCACAUCCGUUGCGAGUGCAGGCCUCUGUGGGAGAAGAUGAAGCCAGAAAGGAGGAGACCCAAGGGCAGGGGGAAGAGGAAGAGAGAGAAGCAGAGACCCACAGACUGCCACCUGUGCGGCCAUACUGUUCCCCGGAGGUAACCGGCCCCUCGGAGGAGAGACGUCUCACCCCCGGCUCCUGUAUUUAUUACGGCCACACUCAGUUACCUCCCUGCUGACACCUGCCCUCUAUUUAUUAGCCAAUUGUAUCCCUGCUGAAUGACUUGCUCCCUCCGCAAUGAGGGGCAUGGAGGGACAGGACCCUCAGGAAUUCAGUGCCUUAACCAGAACGUGAGAGAAAGAAGGCAGCCCCAGACCCACGUGCGCUGCAGCUGGAGAAGAACCAAGACCUGUGGCUUCGUGAGGGGCCAGCGGGGCCCCAGCGGGCUUCCCUGCGCUGGGAAAGGGAGCGGGGACGGCCGCCGGGUCCGGGCCUGGGGCUCCGGGCGCUCCUGGCCGACGUAGGGGUGGACGGGCCUGCUCUGGAGCCCUGGCCCAGGCUGGGGAGGGGAAGGCAGCGAAGGCAGGCAGCGGGUGGAGGAGUCCCGCAGCGUCUUCCUCCCCUGGCAGCAGCUGGGCUCCCUGCAGAGCCAAAAGCUCCGCUCUGGAGACCGGCGGUUGCCUGCCACUGCUUGUCCCCUAGGUCUCUCUCCACGUCUUGUCACUGCUCGCGCUGGGACAUUGUUCUUUACGGUCAGGGCAUCACCGCCUGCCCCUCUCAGGGACACAGGCAAAGAGGGGGCCUGUCCAUUGACUGGACGUGGAGCCAGCUGCCCCUGACUGCGUCUGACCGCCAAGCCAGAUUCUCUUGAAUAAAGUAUUCUAGUCUGGA